UUGUUGUCGUUGGCGGAAACGAGGCUGUUAGCUUCAGGAAAUCAGUUGGUGGAAAAAGCUUUUCUUUCUGUAUCAAACUGCAGCCAGUGGACCCGCGGGUUGUCCAUCGACAGCACGGAACCAGAACCAGAACCAGAACCAGAACCAGGCCCGGACCCAGACGGACAGAAUCAACGCUGCGUUUUGCGACACCGGUGUGUGUGUGUGUGUGUGUGUGUGUGUGUGUGUGUGUGUGUGUGUGUGUGAACUGGCAUGCUGUCUGCAGGGGAAGUGUAAUGUGUAUUACUCUGACUUGCUGUCUGUAGCUGGACAGCAGGUCUGUACGCGGUCCACGGUCCCGGUCCCGGUCCCGGUCCCGGUCCCGGUCUGUCAGGUGGGACGUGAAAAGGCUCGAGAGGAUGGGACGGCGUGAAUUCAGCCAGACGCGAGCUAACGUUAGCUUCAACGCUAGCUAACACCGGAGUUAACGUGAACGUCAACUUUAGCUAACGCUAGGCAACGCACGAAAAACAACGAGCAUGAGCGCUCGGGUUCGUGUGAAUGAAUAGGAGUUAUUUUAUAUCGCCUUACGUUUGUCACUUCGCUUGUUUAGCUCUUUAAAAAAAAAAAAAGGCCCGAUGAAUGUGUGUGGAGCGAGUAUAGCUGUGUAGCUAAGUGUUUAGCUGCUACGUUAGCCUGCCUCGACAGCCCCAAUGAAAGAAUAUAAAGUGGUCGUACUGGGCAGCGGCGGCGUCGGCAAGUCCGCGCUGACCGUCCAGUUUGUCACCGGCACCUUCAUCGAGAAAUACGACCCCACCAUCGAGGACUUCUACCGAAAGGAGAUCGAGGUGGACUCGUCGCCCUCUGUGCUGGAGAUCCUCGACACAGCGGGGACGGAGCAGUUCGCCUCCAUGAGAGACCUGUACAUAAAGAACGGACAGGGGUUCAUCCUGGUCUACAGCCUGGUCAACCAGCAGUCGUUCCAGGACAUCAGACCAAUGCGAGACCAAAUAGUGCGAGUGAAGCGCUUCGAGAAGGUGCCGUUGAUCCUGGUCGGGAACAAAGUCGACCUGGAAUCUGAGCGCGAGGUUCCGGGGUCGGAUGGACGAGCUCUGGCUCAAGAGUGGGGCUGCCCUUUUAUUGAAACUUCUGCCAAGAGCAAGACUAUGGUGGACGAGCUGUUUGCAGAGAUCGUCCGACAGAUGAAUUAUUCCACACUGCCAGAGAAGCAGGAACAGUGCUGCACAGCCUGUGUGGUACAGUGAGGAAAGAGAUACAUCAUUUGUCUGGAUCACCACAAGGAUUUUGAUGAACCAGGGGACAACACGACUUUUGAUCCUACUGACAAAAACGUAUCACUACUGGUAACAACUUUCUGUUCAAGGUGGUUUCUGACUGUCUGUCACAGAGCAUCUGACAGGAAAGACGUCGGCCCUAUUUUUGAUAUCAUAACUGUUCAAAGACGUUUCUGCUGCAACCUUUACGGCCUUUGCAAUGACCCGGGACGGAGUCAACAGACAGACUUGUAAUGAGCGAAAACGGCCAUCUGUGAAUUUCAGUCUUUUAUUUUUUCCCCUUUUAGUCGGAAGUAUCUCUGAAAUAAUAAGCAGGAGUGUUUGUGAAGUUGCAGCUUCUUUUUAAAGCUGCUUUAAUCACUAUUAUAUACUUUAUUAUUACUUGUAUUAUGUCUAAAGUUUGGAAUUUGACAAAGUAUUUCAUAUUAUUGAAACAUUUUGACUUUUAAGCAUGCAUACUUCAACCAGUUGGCUGCCCAGGUAUACUGCUCGCUUUAUUUUGAAAAUCUUGUCUAAAAUAGUUCUUCUAAGUGACACAAACCGCAGAGUGUGUGCUACAGUUUGACUUUUUUUAGCUUCAGGAAACUUAGACAGGAUGUGUGACUUUGUGGAUUAAACCGGCACCGUUUUCAUCAAGGGACGGUCACCUUAUCCGCCAGUCCACACCACCACCGCCCCGUGGUUCAAGUAUUCAGCUUUUUAUCAUCGCAGUAGCCUGAAGCAGCUAAACUCAUCUGAAAACAUGCAUGCUCAAAAUUGAAAAUGUUCUACUAAAUCAACUUGAAGUGAUAAGAAAGAGCCAUUUUACUGUUUUUAGCCGGAAUUCUGUCAGUCUUUACAAGGCAUGAAUCACAUGGACGCAGGUCUUCCAUUUUGAGUUUCCUCGAGGAGUCUCUGUGGGAGAAUGAUUUUGGAACGACCAAAGGAAGCUCACAGUGCAUAUUUGUGUUUGACUACAUGACGUGUGUCGCUUUAAAUUCAGGAGACGCUGAUUUCUUGUCAUCAAAUAACUCGCUGCAUUGUGGUUUGAUAAAAGUUCUGGCACAGUUAAUCAGAUUUAACUUUGUAUUUUUCUUUUUCUUAUAGUAACCUAUUUAUUAAAAACUAAUGACAUGGGUAGCCAGUUUUAAACAUUUAAUUUUAUACUAGUUUUUGCUUUUUGUGACUUUUCAGGAUAUAUGGUACAUUGUUCUUUUGGGUUUUUGUUUUUUGAAGCUGAGGAUUUAACAGAGCCUUAAAUAAUUUCUGUUGCA